AUGAAGCACUUCCUCGAGCUCCGAAAACGCAAAACGGCUUCCUCCUCUCCAGCAGAUACUAUCCCUUCCCCACCCGAAUUCACAUUCACACCAUCAGACGCCCGGAUCGUGGUAAUCUACAAAAAUGCCCCAGCAUACGUCCAUGUCUCUUCGCAAGCUAUGGCCCUCGCUAGUCCUGUAUGGAAGAAGAUCUUCUGUCCAACGUUGAGCGAUCACCCGUCGAAAGUCCCGUUGGACCCCCUUCAAAGAGAGAUAUUGAAAGACACGCCCUCUCAAGAAUUAUUAGUCGAGCUCGCUAUCCUCUGUUCGGCGUAUCGCUGUGAAGGCCUGCUCAAGCCCUGGAUAGGCGGUUGGACCGAGCGAAACUUCCGACGCUGGCAGUGUGGCUCGAGCUCCAGGCUGGAUUCGCCCAACGUGUGGGCACCCGAGAUAGUAAACCCGAAGGGGAUGCAACGGUUGAUGUUACUUGGAUGGGUAUUUGAACCUGACCUCGACUUCGAUUACUAUGAGGAGGCAGUGACGUGGUUGUACCAAGAAACGAAGGAAGAUAGUCUGCCCAAGAUUCCGGGCAAUUGGCCCUUGCCACGUGGCGUUAUGGGUAAGAGGGCCCUCAGAUGCUCUAGGGGGGUCAAGACUGCCUGUGUUUUAGAGAUCCUCCAGGCUCGUAAAAGUGCCAUACCAGAGCUUAUGGUUGUAGCACGCAUGUACUUCAGCUAUUUGGAGAAGCACCAGGAAGAAAUAUCUUACAAGCACAACAAGAAAUGCAAGGCACGUAUUUUGGAGCUUUACAUAGACUGGCUAAAGCGGCCCAGCAUGAACUUGUAUCCUUGGGAUUCCACAGAAACUGGAGGUCCGAAAACGGUGAGGGAGGCCUACGACUUGGAAUAUACGCGGAUCGUCGACCGCAUGUCCGUACGCGAUCUGGAUUGCCAUAACAUAAUGCAGGGACACUGCAACAAGGAGGCAAAGGACGCGUAUGGCGCUAACUGGAAUCGCAUGUGGCUUUUUGCACACAAUGGAAGUCCUAAACUUAGGCACCAGUGGAGAGCUGCGCAUGAGAUGAAGCGCAUUAAAAAUCUGACCGGAGCUUGGAGCAAUCCAAAGCUGGAGCUUGAUAGCUAUGAGGACGACGAUAAUGAGGGUUUGUAG